AUGGCGACCCAAUACGAAAUCGAGCACAACAUCAAAGCCGCCCCGGCGACCUCCCACCGCCGCCGACAAGUAGACAUGUCCACCUUCACAGCGCACCUACACAACCUCCUCCCCGACUCCACCCCCUCUACCACCACCCAAAGCAGCAGCCACGAGCAGCAGCACAACAACCCGCACGCGGUGCCCAACCCCGCUGACACCUCCGCCCUCUUCCGACUCCUCCAAGACCAGAUGGGCACGCUCGCCACCACGGCGCCCAACGAAACCAACCGGGCCUUCCUCGAGUCGCUCGUCGAGACCCUCGAGCUCGACGUGGCGCACCCGCCGCAGCAGAUCGAAGGCGUGACGCAGGAGGUGCUGGACGGGCUGGACCGCGUGCCGCGCAAGACCCUCAAGGACGACGACACCUGCCCCAUUUGUGCCGAGCGCUACCUCGAUGACCCGUAUUGUCUGGUCGUGGAGCUGCCGUGCCACGGGAGUCAUCGGUUUGAUCUGGAGUGUGUGGGGCCGUGGCUGAGGGGGAAGGGCACGUGUCCGAUGUGUCGGAAGGAGGUGGGGAAGCGGAAGGCGGUGGUGGUGGAGCCGGCGGAGGAGGAGGAGGAGGAGGAGGAUGAUAUGGAUGGGUUGUAUGCUUGA